CUUGCUGAUAGCGUUCCGCUGUUAAAUGAAUGUUCUUUCAAUUUCUGAGCAUUCUCCUCUGGUUUUUAGUGGGACGAGAUACAGUUGACAAGGUUGAAAACACGGGUAAUGGUUAAAUAAACUUCAAUAAACGUUUUAGACAUCGAGAAGGCGAGAUAACGAAGAAUUUCAGGUGUCUAUGAGCGGAAAGUUUAUUCGGCUCUACCCUGUAUGCUAGCUAGCGGUUAGCAUUACACCGGUCGCUGACUGCUAGCUCGUAGACAGCUGUUUUUUUUGUCAUCGAUAUGUACGUUAUUACGUAAAUUUUAAUUCAUGCUUCAUUAAAAUUAUCUCACAGCAUAACGGUGACGUGUUGUAUUAGUAAUGUUCGAUUUGGGAACUGGAACUUUAAUUAAAUGGCGGGUUGGGUGAGCGCGCGCCGACUGUGCAGUCGGGUGGCACUGCGCUCGCGAGCACCACUGCAUGACUCCUGCGCGCACGUCAGGCACCUUGCAGUGUGUGCAGUCUUACCAAGGAAACCCCAACAAUGGACGCAGUACUGGACCCCAAGGUCAGCCUCAGCAGCACCGACUCGAAGCUUUAUCAACCUUGCAAACAAGAGGAAGCAGUACUCAGAGCGGCGCAUCAUGGGAUACUCAAUGCAGGAGAUGUAUGAAGUCGUAGCCAAUGUAGAUGAUUACAAACACUUUGUUCCGUGGUGUCAAAAGUCCCAGACGGUAAUGAAGAGAGCAGGCCAUGCUAAAGCCCAGCUGGAGGUGGGGUUUCCUCCAGUGGUAGAGAAGUACACAUCCAUGAUCACCAAUGUUCGCCCGCAUCUCGUCAAGGCCGUGUGCUCAGAUGGGAAACUUUUCAACCACUUAGAGACAAUAUGGCGGUUCAGCCCAGGCAUUCCCGGAUAUCCCAGGACCUGUACUGUGGAUUUUUCUAUCUCCUUCGAGUUCCGCUCGGUCCUGCACUCCCAGCUUGCCACCGUGUUCUUUGACGAGGUUGUGAAGCAGAUGGUAGCAGCGUUCGAGAAACGAGCCGGGAAACUCUACGGCCCUGAAACUCGCAUCCCCAGAGAACUCAUGUUCCAUGAAGUGCGUCAUAGGUGAAACAGCACGCAGCGACCAUGAUACACAAGCACGUCACAAUUUUACCUGGAAACCUGGAAAUGUCUGAGAGCAUAAACAUUUUAGCAUUCAUGGAGUUUUUCUAAAUUUCUUCUCAGGUAUUAUGACUGGUCAAAAUAGUAGUUAUCUUGAAUGAAUAAUCAUUCAUUUUAAAGCAGCGAUAUCAUGCUUUUAAUAGCAUACAUGAGAACACCUGUUUUAACGCUAACGUUCCAUUAUUUAUUGCGCCCAAUGUUGUACUGUCGAAUGCUGUGAUUACUGUAAAGUGUGAUUUCUUGGAAAGAGAUAAAGAUUUUGUUUCCGUUUCGAGAGCUGUUUUAAGAGCAUGAAAUAGGGGGAUAUGGAGAACACAUAUCACAAUACUUGUAGAAUUUUACAUGAAGCACAGAACCCACAACUUACAGAAGCUUGUAUGGUGUAUUGUGAUGUUCUUUAUCCUGGUACUGAUCAUACUGGCCCAGUCCUGGUUCACAUAAUUCCAAAGAAACGUGACCAUUAUAAUAAAUAAACAUCACCAAUAACAUUUGA